CAGUUUAAAGGGUUCUUAAGGGAGGGUGGUAAGGACCAAUAGGGAUGCAGAAAGGUAGGGUCAUCCGUGAAAAUAUUUAGCUCAAUGUUGAACCUGCAGCAGCAUCGAAGACGACGAGGCAACACGAGUUUGUGCAGCAUCGCUCUUGAUACGCUUCGCUCUCAGAGCCUCCUGCGCGAUGCUGCUUCUGGGAGCCCUGCCGCUUCUCCUGCUGCAGAUGCCCUGCUGGGCGGGAGACGUUCCCGAGGACAUCACCGCAGAGUUCUCAGUCAAGCUGUACCACCAGCUGCGGUCCUCCGAGGGAGAGGAGAACAUCAUCUUCUCCCCCCUCAGCGUGUCCGUGGCCCUCGGCAUGGUGGAACUCGGGGCCCGCGGGGCCUCCCUGAACGAGAUCAGGCAGGCCGUGGGCUUCAGCCACCUCAAAGCAGGUGACGAGUUCUCCCUGCUGAGGAACCUGACGCAGGCCCUGUCUGCAGAAGAAACGCAGAGCGUGGUCAAGCUGGCCAACUCCCUCUUCCUGCAGACUGGCGUGCACUUCAACCCCGAUUUCCUGCACCUCAUGAAGAAGUUCUUCCGGGCGGAGAUCGAGACGGUGGACUUCAGCGAGUCCAGCUCUGUGGCUGAGCACAUCAACACCUGGGUGGAGAACCACACUGAGAGUAAAAUCCAAAAUCUACUGUCUGCAGAUGACUUCAGUAGUGUGACCCGCCUGACUCUGAUAAAUGCCGUCUACUUCCGGGGCAGCUGGAAGAACCAGUUCCGACCAGAAAACACUCGGACCUUUUCCUUCAGCAAGGAUGAUGGCAGCGAGGUGCAGACCCUUAUGAUGUACCAGCAGGGAGAUUUCUUCUAUGGUGAGUUCAGCGAUGGUUCCACAGAAGCAGGGGGGGUGUAUCAAGUGCUGGAGAUGCCCUACGAAGACGAGAACAUGAGCAUGAUGAUCAUCCUGCCCCGACAGGAAGUCCCACUGGCUUCACUGGAACCAAUCAUCAAGGCCCAGCUCUUGGAAGACUGGGCCAACAAUGUCAAGAAGCAGAAGGUGGAGGUAUACCUGCCUAGAUUCAAAGUGGAGCAGAAGAUAGACCUGAGAGAGUCUCUGCAGACACUGGGCAUCAAGAAUAUCUUCACAAAAGAUGCAGACCUAUCAGCCAUGGCGGCUGAGAAUGCAGAUGGGAAGGACCUCUACAUCGGGAAAGCGGUUCAGAAGGCCUACCUGGAGGUGACGGAGGAGGGCGCGGAGGGAACUGCUGGAUCAGGGAUGAUUGCACUAACCAGGACGAUGGUCCUGUACCCGCAGAUCAUGGCUGACCAUCCCUUCUUCUUUCUCAUUAGAAACAGGAGGACAGGCUCCAUUCUCUUCAUGGGCAGAGUCAUGAAUCCUGAGGUUAUUGACUGACCACAAUCGUGAUGCUCUGUCGAUGCUGUUGGGACACGCAGAAAGUCUAAUGAAUACAUUUCUCUCUUGUCAUUUGCUGUGUUUUAUAACCUUAUAUAAAAUAUAGGGUCUGUGUUUUAUACUGUAAGCUUAAACCACCAGAACAGAUUUGUAAAUAUACUAUAUAGUCCACACCAAUAUAUUAGAACAGCAAGGUCAAUUCCUUUGUCUUUGCUAUACAUUGAAGACAAUUGAGUUUGAGGUCAAAAGAUGUACAUGAGACAACAUAUCUCAGCUUAUAUUUCCUGGUAUCUUUAUCUAGAUUUCUUAAACAAUUUAGAACAUUUCACCUUUUGUAUCAGACCACCCAAUUUUUAGGUUAGCACAAGUAUUGGAACAUGUGACUGACGUGUUUCUUGUUGCCCAGAUGUAUCCUGUUAGAUUGAUUGGUUAAACAUAGUUCUGAAUAUCUACUCUUGGUUUUAGCCUUGGGUUUUGCCUGUAAAGACUGCAUUUGUUUUUCGAAAAGAUAAGCCAACAUGAAGACCAGAGAGCUGUCUUUGGGAGAAAAGCAAGCCAUUUUUAAUAAUUGUUCAACAAGAAUGUAGAAUGUAGAAUGUCCUGAAAAAGAAAGAAACCGCUGGUGUACUGAGCGACAAACAUCAAACAGGUCAACAAAGGAACAACAGCAGUUGAUGGCAGAAGCAUACUGAGAGCUUGAAAGAAAAACCCCAAAACAUCAAUCAGUAACUUCACAAACAAUCUCUACAAGGCAGGGGUGAAGGUAUCUCAAUCAACCGUUCGAAGAAGACGUAAAAAGCAGUAAUACAGGGGCUAUACCACAAGAUGCAAACCACUCAUCAGUAGUAAGAAUCGGAAGGCGAAAUUGCAAUUUGCAAAGAAUUAUAGAGACGAGCCACAAAAGCCUUAACCCAAUUGAACAUGCAUUUCACCUCCUGAAGAGAACAUUGAAGGGAAAAACCCGAAACAAACAACAACUGAAAGAGGCUGCAGUAAAAGCCUGGAAAAGCAUUAAGAAAAGAAUACAACAGCUUGGUGAUAUCAAUGGGUCGCAGGCUUGAGGCAGUUAUUGCAAGCAAGGGAUAUGCUACCAAAUAUUAAGUGUUAUUUACUUUCAUUUACUUAAAUACUCUCUGUUCCAUUACUUUUGCUCACCUAAAAAUUUGGUGGUCUGAUACCAGAGGUGCCAAGUUCUAAGUAGUUUCACACAUCUAGGUGUAAAUACCAGGAAAUAAAAUAAAAUUAUUUUAAUCUCAACCCCAAAUGUACAUAUGUAAAGUGUAUUGCAAAAACAAAGGAAUUGGCUUUCCUGUUCCAAUACUAUUUGAGGGGACUGUAUGACAGAGUCUUUGAGCAAGGAGAUCUCACUGCAGGAGAACUAUAGAACACAUAUACCCCUUAUAUCCUCUUAACAGAUUAUGUAUCCUUGACCGUUCCCUUCACAGAACACAUAUAUCCAUUAUCCUUCCUCAUAUCUGCAAAUUCUCUUUAUGGAAUGUCUCCAAAUUCCAGCCACCGUCCUCCCAGAAAGCCAUGACAAUGGUUAUCACAGUAUUUAUCUUGACAAAACUGUCUCAGCAUUAUUUUAUUGUACAUUCACUAUUGUGUUACAAAUGUAUGAGAGUAGAUAUUUAUUGCCAAAUUUGUGUAGUUAUGUAUUGAAAUCACUAGAGCUUAGUAAUUUAAUUUCCUUUUUAAAAAAAAAAAGUAUGUGGCUUAAAUACUGCUACACUACAAAUAUGCCUUAUAUAAUUUUUUUUAUUUUAUGGACUUGUGCAGGUGUACAGGAAGUGAAGGUUUUAGGUAGGCUGAGAAAGGAUGUUGCAGGUGGGCGGCCUCAGUGAAAUAGGUCAGUGUACAGAGAAAACCAGCAGCUGUAUGCACUCUUUUCAGAAAUAAAUAUGAAUGUGUUCAAAAUA